UAGGCAACAGUGAUCAGAACAAAGGACGAGGAUGAUAUUCUAGCACCAGCCUUCUUCUUGGGAUUAGUCACUUGUAAAAAGGUCCCUGCAGUGGUACAAAGAGCCCCUCCGAGCCAGCCUGAUCACCUCCUUCUGCUUCCCCGCCCCACAUUGCAUUUCCCAGGAGACAUUAUUUUGGUGGCAUCUCCUGCUGUGCCUCCUCACAUCUACGGCCUUGUGAUUUCAACCUGCACCCAGAGAGGAUUUGCACUCCAGGGGACCAAACAGCUGCAGCUGUCGCCCAAGCAAGCUCACAUGCUUGGUGUGCCAGCGAGCCAGGUAACUGUAUUUUGUCCUAGUGAGGCUUCAUAUAUACCAGAGAGGAGUUGUUUCUUGGAGGAUAAACUCCCCAGCCAAACACGUCUGCACUGCCUGGCUUUGUUGUUGAGAAAGGAGAAUGCCAGCCAUCAUGUCCCUGCGUUGCUCAAAGGGCUUAUGAGUGCACUGGCAGAGAAAGGUUUCUUGGAGGACAUUCAAAGCAGUUUGCACUCCCAUGCUGAACCAGAACCCAGUCUGUGUUUUCAUGCGGUUCCUUAUACCGACAGUUUGCUGCAGGAACUGGGUGGCAAUUUUAGUGUUGUGCCAGAUCCCUCGAACAUUACCCUGGAGGUUUUGCACAGUCGGAUGUAUGCCUCUGAGCCUGAAAUGGAACAAGUGGUCCUGUUGACCUUCACUGGAAAGGAAGCCAUGAAGAGUGCAGGCAGCAUCCUUCACCAAAUCCUUGCACUAGGCUACAGGAAGCAGCAUGCCCAGACUCCAGUGUUGGAAGGCUUGGACCUGCCAUUUGAGCUUCUCACUCUUAAGUGGUUGCCCUGCCUCACUCGGAUACAGGCUAAGGAAACCACACCCUUCGAAGUGGGAGACAAACGCUGGCAAACAAGUAUUGAUGCGCUUAUGAGCAGCCCUGCCCUCGUCUGUGUGCUGCGAAGGAUUGGUGCCUUUGUGGCCCUUGCCGAAAUCCUGAAAACACUAACUCCACACAACAGCAAAGUGAGCUCUGGCUCCGGCUCUCUUCCAACAGUGAUGUCAUCAACCCCAGAGACAGCCUUCAGGCAGGCAGCGCUCUUCUUCACCGAGAAGGAUUUUGUAGGCGAUCCCAAACGUCGACCUGCCCUGAAGUACUUGCCACCUCCUCCACAGCACCCCCAGUCUGAAGCAAAAAAAAAAAGUUCUGAACAGAGAUUCGCCUCAGCUCUGUCAGCAAUGUCUGCCACUGUACAACGCCAUGACGAGAACCCUUCCUGUUGUUGCUCUUGUGCACUAAAGUCCUUUCACUUUUCUUAUGCAGCAGGAGAGACUCACGCAAGCCAUGCAGAAUUGCUCUUCCACUCCAUGGAAGUUGGAGCCCAAAUCCUCUGCACUGUGCUGCUGCUCAAACCAGGCGCAUGGACCCAUAACCUGGCAAGAAUCCUCCGGAAACUGGAUCUGGAGAAAUUCAGCCUGGUUGGAAUGAAACACAUAGACCUCACCCCAAAAGAUGUCAAGGCACUCCUCUCAAGUGGGGAAGCUAAGCAGGACCCUGCUGCCUUGGAGGCUCACUCCAGCUACCUAACUUCAGGUUCCUCCUUGGUCCUCUGCCUUCAGCGAGAAAAUGCAGUGAAGAAGCUCCUGGACUUGCUAGGCCCUGAAGACCCCAAGGAGGCUCAAGCAACUAAUCCGUUCUUUUGGAGAGCUCAGUAUGGCCACAGCUUAAUCCAUAAUGGGUUUUAUGGCUCCACAUCGUAUUGGGCUGCUGUGCGGGAUGUGGAGCUGUUCUUUCCAGAAGGGCUGUGUGGGGCUGGGCACCCGUCUCUGGAGGGAAAGGAGAUUUGCACUGUUGCAUCUGACCCCACAGCCUGCCUUGAGAUAGACAAACAACACAGGCUUGUGAAAAGGGAAGCGAGAAGGCAGCUCAAUUUACGGGGCCCUGCACAGCCACAGACUCUAGGUAAGGAAAUGUACAAUUCCCUCCUCAUUAUAUGA